AUGGCCGCCAACAAGGCCGCCCGCGUUGGGGAGGAGACACGCAUUGACAAGGUCAACGCUGAGUUGGUCACGCUGACAUACGGUACAAUUGUCGCGCAACUUUGCAAAGACUUUGACAGUGACUAUGUCGAGGUCAACAAGCAGCUUGACAAGAUGGGUUACAAUAUAGGUCUUCGGCUGAUUGAGGACUACCUUGCAAAAUCAAACACGAUGAAGCGUUGUCUAAACUUCCGGGAGACGGCCGAGAUGAUAGCAAAGGUCGGCUUCAAGAUAUUUCUCAACACGACGCCGACGAUCACAAACUGGACGGGCGACAGCAAACAGUUCUCCCUCGUGUUCGAAGAGAACCCGCUCGCCGACUUUGUUGAGCUCCCGGACGAUGGCCGCGCACAGGACGAGCUCUGGUACUCCAACAUCCUGUGUGGAGUUCUAAGAGGCGCACUCGAGAUGGUGCAGAUGCAGGUCGAGGCUCACUUUAUCAGCGAUGUGCUGCGCGGGAACGACACAACCGAAAUGAGGAUAUCGCUGGUGAGGUACAUUGAUGACGAGCUACCGCCGGAGGAUGAUUAA